AAAGCCAAGGUAAAAUCGAAUCUUUAUACGAAAUAAGAUUUCUGCAGCAUAAAAUAUCCAAUUCUCGUUUGCAUUCUUCAAUUUUGUCCUCCUCGCUAUUAAAAAAUUCUGAUAUGGACGACCUUCGCGAAAUAACAAAAGAAUAUGGUUGUUUUUAUGCGCGUCAUAUUGUUUUCGGGGGAGCUAUAAUAGAAGAAAAAGGUGCUGGAAACUCAAGAAAUCUUGGUAAACAACCUUCUCUUAAAGAAUUUGCGGAAUUGCUCAAAGAUUUUAAAAAAUGGAGAAUAAUCGAAUAUAGUGACAUUUGUCCAAUAUUUGAUCUAUUAGAUGAUGAUUUGAGGAAAAAAGUUUUGGAUCUGUUAGGUUAUCGAAUUUUGAAAGAAAUUCCAUUAAAUCAUGAUUUAUCUGAGAAAAAUUUCUAUAUUUAUUCAUUAGCCCCACAAUUGGAGGAAUUGACUAAAGUUACAAAUAUUCAAGAUUGUCACAUAUAUGCUUCAAUAAUGAACAAGGACGAUGGUGUUUUUUCUUUACGAGUAGAAUAUAUUAAUGACGAAAAAAGCCCAGCGAUUGUGGUUCAUAACAUCACAAAUACUCAAAAUAAAUAUCCAAUAAGAAUUGGAUGGAUUAUUGUUGGACAACCAAAUCAUUUUGAUUUCGACUUUGUCCAUACUAAAUAUCAUAUAGUGCUCAAUAGUAAAAAAUACUCUGUUUCUCAUAAAGUAGGUAAACAUUAUAAAAUAGAAAUCCCAAAAUUUGGUAGUUCAUGUAUAUUGAGUACAUGCGCACUCGAAACACCAUCUAAAACACCCCAAGCAACUUUUGUUGUUGGUUCGCAUAUUAUUCCUUCUAGGAAUUUAGCUUGCAUAUUUGUUCAUGAUCUUAAAGAUAAUGCGAUUAAUGAUGAUGAGAUUUUACAAAAAUUAAAGCUCACUAUCGAUGUCAAUCAGGAAUGCAAUACUGGUCCAUUAAAAAUUUUUAAUGGUCAAUUAAAUAUGAAUUAUAUAAAGGAUAAUUAUCAACCAAAUGUAUUUCAUGGCAUCUUUUCUAGAAACGAAAUUCCUAAAGAAGCAGAAAAUUUAUAUAAUCAACUAACAUUG